UACUGGUGACAAGGCGUGGUUUAACCUUGCAGAGGGGCUUGCAAAGCUUGUCAGCGAGGAUAGAACUCAAGUCUGACAGGAGGGAUUGCUGCAGUCAACGGAACGCCAAAAGAUGGGAAAAAAGAGCAGAGUUAAAACCCAGAAAUCGGGCGGUGGGGCCACGUCAGCAGUCUCCCCCAAAGAUAUGAUGAAUAUAAUCUCUGAACUGCUGCAAAAGUGCAGCAGUCCAGCCCCAGCUCCAGGGAAGGAAUGGGAAGAGUAUGUCCAGAUUCGAUCCCUGGUAGAAAAAAUUCGCAAAAAACAAAAAGGUUUGUCUGUGAUUUUUGAUGGAACAAGAGAAGAUUUUUUCCCUGAGUUAAUGGCAUGGGCUGCAGAAAACGGGGCAUCAACUGAAGGCUUUGAAAUUGCAAAGUUUCCUGAGGAAGGCUUUGGUUUAAAAGCCACCAGAGAUAUUAAGGCUGAAGAGCUGUUUCUUUGGAUUCCCAGGAAUAUGCUGAUGACUGUUGAAUCAGCAAAAAAUUCUGUCUUGGGUCUGCUUUACAGCCAGGAUCGUAUCCUGCAGGCAAUGGGGAACAUAGCCCUGGCUUUCCACUUGCUGUGUGAACGAGCUGACCCCAACUCUUUCUGGUUGCCCUAUAUUAAGACGCUGCCCAGCGAGUAUGACACACCACUGUAUUUCGAAGAGGAAGAAGUACAUUACCUGCAAUCUGCCCAAGCCAUUAAUGAUGUGUACAGCCAGUACAAGAAUACGGCACGCCAGUAUGCUUAUUUUUACAAAGUUAUACAGACCCAUCCAAAUGCCAGCAAACUUCCCUUGAAGGAUGGCUUUACCUUUGACGAUUACAGAUGGGCUGUCUCUUCAGUAAUGACUCGUCAGAACCAGAUCCCCACAGAGGAUGGGAACCGUGUUACUCUGGCCUUGAUCCCGCUCUGGGAUAUGUGCAAUCACACGAAUGGACUGAUUACCACUGGUUACAACUUGGAAGAUGAUAGAUGUGAAUGUGUUGCCUUGCAAGACUACAAGGCUGAUGAGCAGGCCCAGGACCUACACAUCUCUUGUGUUCCUGUCAGGUCUAGUAUCUUUGCACUGCAUUGCAGUGAGCCUCCAAUUUCAGACCAGCUUUUGGCCUUCCUUCGGGUUUUCUGCAUGAGUGAAGAUGAGCUCAAGGAGUACCUGGUUGGUGAACAUGCUAUUGAUAAAAUCUUCACACUUGGUAAUGCCGAAUUUCCAGUAAGCUGGGACAAUGAAAUAAAACUCUGGACUUUUCUGGAAACCAGGGCUGCCCUGCUUUUGAAAACCUAUAAAACAACCUCGGAGGCUGAUAGGUCAUUGUUGGAAAAACCAGACCUCUCAUUUCAUUUCAAGAUAGCAAUUAAGUUACGUUUGGCUGAAAAGGAGAUAUUAGAAAAAGCUGUGGCAAGUGGUCAGGCCAAGAGGGAGUAUUUUCAAAAGAAGCUGGAGGAAGGGGCCCCUCUUCCUAAAUAUGAAGAGAGCAACAUCUCCAUGUUGGAAAACUCUGUUUCAGACUCCAAACUCCCAAUCAUCCUAGGGAAACUGGAAGAGGCAGACGAAGCAGGGGAGCAGGAAUUAAAGAUGCCUGACGCUCUUUCCAAAGUAAAUGCUGGAGGUGAUGUUCUCAUGAACGGGGACAGCAAGCAGCUCAAUGGCACAAACACAGAAAAUGAAGAAACCCUACACAGAGAAGAAAAUGCCAUGAAGACUGACGAUGCCAAAGAAAAUGUAGAGGAAACCACUGAGUGCAACAAGGCAGCAGAAGGACAAUCUUAAACAAAAAAAAAAAUAGUAUUUCAUUUUUCUAGUGACUACAAAAUGUAAAAUGGCAGAACUUUGUGAACAGUAUAAAUGUCACAUGUGGCUCUUAGUUUUGUCUGUCUGCAUCAGAGAAUGUACAAGAAAUAGUGCUGCUUGUAAAUCUUUAUGAAAAAAGUUUAGUUUGUAAUUUUUAAACUUGGUGUUGUUUUAAAAAUAAUGUGUUGCACUGUUCUAUGAUGUUCUUAUUAACAUCCUUAGUUUAGCCUAUUAUGGCCCUGAGAUUCCAGCUGAAUUAUAAUGCAGUACAUACAAGCUUCCUACUAGUUUUACAGCAUGCAAAGACUUUCGCAAUAAAUUAUGCAAACAAAGCCCUCCAUUCUAUGAAAUGUAAACCCACCCAAAAAAGGGCAUAAGUCCAAUAGCGUAGUAAAAUAAGGUAGUUCUUUUUCUUGCAGUGUGAAAGAAUUCUGCUUGUGCCCCUUAUUUAAAAAUGUAGUUUCAACAGUUUUCAGUCUCCCUACAUUAACUGAGUGAAGUUUCGUUACAUAUUAAGAUUUUUGUACCUUUAACCACAUCUUUCAUUUCAUCAUGUUACAAUUUGAAGUGGUACUUCUCAUUUAUUGAGCGAUAACAUUAUUUUACUUUUUUUUUUUUUCUGGCUGAUGGAUGAUGUCUUAAUUCCUUUGUCCUUUAGUUCAUCCAUUAAGAAUCUCACAGAGAAGCAUAUACAAUUUCAGUUUUAAUUACACUGUUUAUAAAAAAAAAAAAAAUCUUUGAAUUAAUAAAAAGCUGUUUGACAAUGUGUUCAUCCAUUUGAAUAAAAAAAAGUCUGCCAGCUGAACUUUAACAGUCUUGAGUAUAUUCAGUGUAUAUUUUGAAAGAAUGUAAGAGUAUUUAAAUGCAAAAGGAUUGUAUAUAAAGAGAAGAAAAAACCUAAACCUUCAUGAACGUUUGUCUUUAUAAAGAAAAGGUAUUUUGUUCCCUUCUUUGGCGUGGAAGAAGAACUUGUUACAUGGAAGAUAUAUUGGUUGAGAAUAACUUUGUUCAUUUUAAGAAGUCUGUUUGGAUUGACCCUUCAGGUUUUGGUGAUUGAAUAAACAUUUUUUUCAC